AUGUCCUGUGGCUACAUCCCAAGUUGCGCUCCAUCCUGCAUGCCGUCCUGCGCUGUCCCGUCCUGCCUUCCAUCCUGCGGCUCCCCGUGUGGCUACCCAGUUGGUGGUCUGAGCUCCCUGGGUUCGUGUGGUGGGGUCUACGGCGGCGCAGCACCUGCAAGUAGCCUUGGCAUCGUCCCGGGGGCCAACAUCGGAUGUAUCAACCAACUGCCACCCUCCGAAGUUGUGAUCCAGCCAGCCCCUUCUGUCAUUACAGUCCCAGGGCCCAUCCUCUCUGCCUCUUGUGACCCUCUUCGUGUGGGAGGAUACUCCGCCUGUGGGGGAAGCCCUCAGGGCUAUAGCCGCUUGAGCGGAAGGGUGUGCGGUUACCCCUGUUAA